AUGGGAAACGUGUCUCCACUCGCUUUCCAUGUUCAUUUCUUUUUUCUCCUUCCUACAUUUUAUGGUGAGAACAACGCUUAAAAGACCGAAGAGUACGUUCGCAAUUUGAAGCCGAAAUCAUUCACUACUUUCUCAAAGGUGAUCAUUAGUUGCAAUGGCCCGUACCAAGCAGACCGCUCGUAAGUCCACUGGAGGCAAAGCCCCACGAAAGCAGCUGGCCACAAAGGCUGCACGCAAAAGUGCCCCAUCCACCGGUGGCGUCAAGAAACCUCAUCGCUACAGGCCCGGUACCGUGGCUCUGCGUGAGAUCCGUCGUUAUCAGAAGUCCACUGAGCUUCUGAUCCGCAAGCUGCCCUUCCAGCGUUUGGUGAGAGAGAUCGCUCAGGACUUCAAGACUGACCUGCGUUUCCAGAGUGCUGCCAUUGGAGCCCUGCAGGAGGCCAGUGAGGCCUACCUCGUGGGUUUGUUUGAGGACACAAACCUGUGCGCUAUCCACGCCAAACGUGUCACCAUCAUGCCCAAAGACAUCCAGCUGGCGCGUCGUAUUCGUGGAGAUUUAGUAGCCAUGGCCCGUACCAAGCAGACUGCCCGUAAGUCCACUGGAGGCAAAGCCCCACGAAAGCAGCUGGCCACAAAGGCUGCACGCAAAAGUGCCCCUUCCACUGGUGGGGUCAAGAAACCUCAUCGCUACAGGCCCGGUACCGUGGCUCUGCGUGAGAUCCGUCGUUAUCAGAAGUCCACUGAGCUGCUGAUCCGCAAGCUGCCCUUCCAGCGUCUGGUGAGAGAGAUCGCUCAGGACUUCAAGACUGACCUGCGUUUCCAGAGUGCUGCCAUUGGAGCCCUGCAGGAGGCCAGCGAAGCCUAUCUGGUGGGUCUGUUUGAGGACACCAAUCUGUGCGCCAUCCACGCCAAGCGUGUCACCAUCAUGCCCAAAGACAUCCAGCUGGCACGUCGUAUCCGCGGAGAGCGCGCUUAAAUGCUCUCUUCCUAUUGAUCUUUCUCCUUUUCACCCCUUCCUGUCCUACCGUCACCAUUCUAUCUAUCCGUCCCUUUUCCCCUCACCUCUCCCCUCCCUUUUCCCUUUCCCUUUGUUAGUAGUGUGUAGAAACAAACUGAUUAUAUUAUAAUUAAAGUGUAUAGAUGUGUUUUUCUUAGUGCUCUGGGCAGCAAACUUCUAGGUACUCUCUUUUUGUGCAUGUACCAACUCUGGUGAUGAGACCUCCUCAAGCACACAUUUCCUAGUUUGCACUGUUUCUGAUUCAGUGGGAGUGCAUCGUUUGUGGAUACAAUAAGGAGAAACAUGGACAAUAACAAUGCAGAUUCAGGAGGGACAAACAGGAGAAGAGGAUGGCUAUAUUUCUGCUGGAGGGACUGAGGUCUCCUCUCUGCAGCAGGGUGCUAGAAGAACUUGCCUUCUCUUCUCCUGUUUCUUGUUUUCAGCUGUGAUGCAGAGAUGAGGCUUAACAGCUGGAACGUCUGUCCCUGUAUGUGUCUGCAUGAGUGUUGGCUCUAAUCACCUCAGCAAAUUUCUACACAGUCCAUCAACAUUUAUACGUACCAUACUGAACAUUGCUGUCAUUUUUCUUUCUCUUUUUUCUCAUUGCAGUUAAGUAUCACACUUUACUUUUUUUUCUUACCGUUUGUAGAUGACAGAUGAGGGGGAUGAAUCAGAUUAAAUCACAGAACAAAAAAAGGCAGAUAAAUAAUAUUUUUUCUACUGAAAUGUGAUGCUACUGACAUGUUUCUGACACCAGAGUUUGAUCCUCCUGAAAUGACAACAGGAUCAAACUAACACUGGAGUGUUUGACCUUCCCCGUGUUUAUGGUGUUCAAAUUGGUUUUAUCCAAUUAAUCAAAGCCAAAGUUUAAGAGCUAAAGAAUGGUGUCAGAUUCUUUUUGUAGCAGUAGCUCUUUUUAAAAUAAAGAACCUUUUUAUAGCGAAGGUUCACAGAGGUUUGUAAUGUUAUCUAAAACCAAAAGUUAUCAAUGUGUAAAAAUGAUUUUUUUUUUUUAAACAAAAUAAUCAAUUCAACUGACAAUAUAUCCUAAAUUAGUGUGACAACUUUUUUGUGUACAUCCCCCUGUUUUUUUCCCUCUGAUCACUUGAUCAUCCGUGUACCUUUUCUCAGGUUGACUUGUCACGCCCUUUUAACUUAAUUUUUAGUUUUUGUUCAAUUUGAUUUUCUUUCCUUUUAUUUUUGUUCUUUUUUUGAGUUGUUGAUGAUAUUGUUUCAUUUAAACUAUGUUUGUAAUUUCCAGAUUUGUCAUAUAAGAUGGUAAUAAAUGGAUGUUACACACA